AUGGCAAGUCUCAGUAUCCUGAAGUUGAACAGCACUCCAAGACCUACCGGCAUUUUUGCUCCAGACACUAUUCAUUACAAGGUUCUCUAUGCGGAAACCCGGAGUUUAUUUGGGCGCCUCACGUCCAACAAUUCGAGCUUCAGCAAUCUGAACGAAAUCGGAUUCUUCACCAAUGUCAAUCUGAAUAAGUCAUACCCUGGAAUGCGGGUUGUCCUUUUCCGUGCCUGUUACUCGCAGACCAUUGGAAAACUGGGCGGUGCACGUCGUGUGAUAUUGCCGGAUAGGACCAGAGUUUUCAACCCUCGACUUGAUUCGCAUCAACAGAGCUAUCGGACCUGGUCUGCAGAUGAGAAGAAUUCGGCGAAACCAGACCCGUGGCAAACGAAAACACUACCUGGCAGCGACGUGACUUAUGCUCAGGUAUUCCAAGGCUUUACGGGAAACUCCUACCAUGCCCUUUUCUUCAGGGAAAAUGGGUAUGCCGGUAUCAUUUCAGAUCAUCAGUACAUGUGUGUGAUUCUCUUCCCAGAAUUUGCGGGCUUGCAGUUGGUACAGGUCAAUGAUGGAGAACCAGGACCUGUUGUGGGACACGUGAACGGGAAGCCUUUGAAGUGUCAGUGGCCUGAGGAUGACAGUGGCAAUCAGCACAAGCAACACUUCGAGGAUAUUGAGGACGUUGGCCUGAGCCAGAGUUUGGUAGCCCUCGGCGUAGGGAGCACCAGGAUUUCUUACUUCUAG